CGUAGGGCUAGGGUGUUGCUCUGAUCGGAGUCGGAGCCACAGAACCGGCUCAGUUCUCUUUUGAUCUUGUGGUUCGUUGCGUGCGUGCGGUGCUUCGCUACAACUGUAUUGGUCGUUUGGUGCAUGUUUGUGGACGGGUGAGGAGUGCCAGAGGGAAGCCGAGAAGCCAAUGUGUGGCCGUCGAAACCAGUUGGCAGGCAGCUCGAGCGAUAGUUGAAGUUUAGUUUCGUACUGUUCGCCUGAAGGCUCGUACCUCUGCAUAUCGGUCGGUGUAUCGUGCGUUGCGUUUCGUAGCAAGUGGAGAGAGAGUGAGUUGCAAGUCUUGCCAUUAGAACCCGGGUUGUGGUUGAUACACAAUUUCUUUCUGGAAGGGCCGUCGUGCAUUUAGCGAUUGAUGAUAGUGCAUUGAAGUGUAAGGCAAACAUUGUGUGUUGAACGGGUGCACUUUUUGAAUCAGCCGUCGGUAUUUGAGACUAAGUUCGUUAGUAGUGAAUCUUCGAGACAUGAUGCAGGAUUCUCGGUGAAAGUAGAACAGAUCCUCAAGAAAACUCGUUUGAAACGACUGCGUGUGAUUUCUGUGCUGGGUGAAGCUUCGGAAAAUUGCCAAAAUUGAGAGAAUAAAACGAAAACGUGAAUCCUCUAGUGAGUUAAGUGGUGGCAGUAGCAGUAGCACUAGUAACGGUAGUAGCAACGGCUGUAUCGGUAAUAGCGGUUUCGCGACAAGUACGGCACUAGCGUCGGCUGCGUCGGCGUUUGCAGCAGCGGAAGCACAUCACCGGAGGAAGCAGCUGGCCCACCAGGAAAGGAUGUUGCUGGACACUCAGAACAACAAUAACAAUAGUAGCGGUGGCAUUGGUGGGCAGCACCACGGUGGUUCCGGUAUGACGACCACCAACAGUAGAAAUGUGGCCGCUUCGGCUGCGGCCCUACAGGCGGCGGCUGCGGCAGCCCUAACGGCGGCCAAGGGCGCUACGGACUUUUCGAUUGCGGCAAUCAUGGCACUGCGGGAGGGCUCCGCAAGCCGGAGCCCUCUGGAAGCAGUUUUCGUAAGUGGGCCCCCAAGUUCGGUUGAUCGGCUUUCGGAAGUCGACGACGAGGUGGAUGUGGAUGUGGAAGAGUGCUCCGAUUCGGAGGAAGCUUCCCGGUCCGGUCAGGAUCGGCGGGCAAGUUCCAGGGCGACGGCCACCCCUAAUAGUGUGUCGGACGAGGAGCGGCUCACACCGGAACCGGCUUCGGUAAGUGGAAAGAAAAAACGACCAACGAUUGUCGGUUCGUGUAACUCGGACGAUCUGCGGCCGGUUCAGUGCCACCUGGAAACUAAGGAGCUGUGGGAUAAAUUCAACGAGCUCGGCACCGAGAUGAUCAUCACCAAAACCGGACGGCGUAUGUUCCCCACCGUCCGGGUGUCGUUCUCCGGUCCGCUCCGGCAGGUGACCCCCGCCGACCGCUACGUGGUCCUCCUAGACGUGGUUCCCGUCGACAACCGGCGCUACCGUUACGCGUACCACCGUUCGGCCUGGCUAGUGGCCGGUAAGGCCGAUCCUCCGCCACCGCCCCGACUCUACGCCCACCCGGAUACUCCCAUCGGCGCGGAUGCCCUCCGCAAACAGGUUAUCUCCUUCGAGAAAGUCAAACUCACCAACAACGAGAUGGACAAGAACGGCCAGAUUCAUUCAUCUAGAUCUGCACAGAGAGGCGCACUGAUCGUUCUGAACUCGAUGCACCGCUACCAGCCGCGCAUCCAUCUGGUGCGGCUCGGGCCGGGCCAAAACAUUCCCACCACGCCAAAGGAGCUGCAGGAAGUCGACCACAAGACGUACGUCUUUCCGGAGACGAUCUUCACCGCCGUGACGGCGUACCAGAACCAGCUCAUCACCAAGCUCAAGAUCGACUCGAACCCGUUCGCCAAAGGCUUCCGAGACUCGUCCCGGCUGACCGACUUCGAUAGUUUCCCGGGAAUGGAUCCCAUGGAUGCACUUCUGCUUGAGCAACAUCUCCGCUCUCCGCUGCGCCUCUUCCCGGACCCGCUGAUGGCUCAGUUCGGCGCCGGCCAAGACCCUGACGGCGCUCAAGCUGCCCUUCUGGAAAAAGCCCGUCAGCACCUGCAGAUGUGGGGACGGGCCGCUCCCUACGGUGAUCUCCUAAUACCGCAAAUGUACCAACGGCCGAAUCUUGGAGCGCUCAACCUUGGACAUCUCUGGCAAAGUCAAUGGCCUCAACAGUUCCCACCGGGCUUCCUACCAAAUGCUGCCGCCGCAGCUGCUGCAGCAGCCGCAGCCGCUCCCCCUCCUCCACCACCAAGAACCACACCACCUCCUCCGGCCCAGACCAUGACCAGUCCGGCCAGUUCCGCCGGAUCUCCCUCACCGGAUCUACGAGCCAAACACUUCACCCGCUUCAGCCCCUACCAAAUCCCACAAGCUCAUCACCACCAACCCCAAGGCCUCCCACCCUCCACAUCCCUACCCCAUCAAUCCCCCUCUCCAAGAAGUCCAUCGAACUAAACACCCUUAACCAACAACCCACACAACCCUACAGAGGCUUGCCCGAAUCUCAAAACUGUAUAAAAGAAGCAAGGAUUUCUGAGUGAUCAAAUCGAAAAAUCACGACACAGUAUUAGCAGAGCUACUGGUACUCUAGAACAUAAUCUCGCAUUCACUAGCAAUUUCACUUCAUCGAGUUUCAUCUGUAAAUACCGCAUCGACUAGAAUCGCCCCAAAACAACACAACAAGUAGGACAAACGUAGUUAUUUAUUACUCAUCUCACCACAUCUAUCACUGUAUUCACAUGAAAAUGAGAGGAAUUCAUCUGCGACAGCAGGAUCUCCUGUAGAUAUUAGCUCGAAUCCGUUUCGGAGGACGAAAGAACAAUAAAAACCACUACACCUUAAAGCUCUCAAAAUGCAAACUAAAGAAACAAAUCUCUUAGCUGUUUUAAACUCUAUACGAACGUACUUUUACCGAGAAGGCCAAUGCGCUACUUUCCUGGAAUCGGGGAUUAGACACACCUAGGAUAUUAGGGUUAAGAGCAAACUAGAAUGUUGAUAGCAAAAAGAAAAGGCGACACCGAUAACAAAUGUUUAAACGAGUUUUUUUUGUGUUUUGUAAAUAUGUGAUCAUGUUUUAACUGUACGUAGCAAACGAAAUCAAAUAGUUUAAUCACUUACACAGCCGGCGUGACACUGUUUGCUGGCAUUAGUAUGAUGCAAAUAAGGGGAAAAUUGUAAUCCAAUUGGUACGAGGUGUUCUCACCAUUAUCUUAUUUUGAGAUGAAAGUUAGUGCAAGUAAAACAGAACAUUGUUUAGCAUUGGGACACGUUCAAAAUUACAUAAUCAAAUCUGCUUCGGAAAUAAUGAAAAUUAUAUAUGAAUAUGGAAGUGGAAGCAACUAAAUGUAUUUGAUAAACGAAAUCGAUGUUGUAUAGACGAAUUCAUGCAAAUAAAUACACAAAUAAUGAUUAUAUUAAACACAA